CUGUGAACGAAAAGCGGAACCAUUGUCGCCGCUUCAGGUUUUAAACGGAGUCUUUACAGUGUAGCACGCUGUCAAAACGUAAAGCAACAGUAGUGCAGAGGAGAACAUUUUUUGGUGAAAACUUUAAAUAUCUGCGUCUGUAAGAGGAGCAAUCAGAUCAGAUCCAGCUUGUGUCCCUGUCGACAGACAUUAUUUCUGGUAUGGAUGACAUGGUGAUGGAGGAGGAAGAUGAUUGCCCAGAGCUGGUGCCCAUUGACACGCCGCCUGGUCCUCCUGCAGGCCAGAUACCUGUCACCAUCAUCACAGGCUACCUCGGUGCUGGAAAGACUACACUCCUGAACUACAUCUUAACAGAACAACACAACAAGCGGAUUGCUGUCAUACUCAAUGAAUUUGGAGAGGGCAGCGCCCUUGAGAAGUCCCUCGCAGUGAGCCAUGCGGGAGAGCUGUAUGAGGAGUGGCUGGAACUGAGAAAUGGCUGCCUCUGCUGCUCAGUCAAGGACAAUGGUCUUAAAGCCAUCGAGAACCUGAUGGAGAAGAAAGGAAAGUUUGACUACAUCCUGUUAGAAACCACAGGACUCGCUGAUCCAGGAGCUGUGGCCUCCAUGUUCUGGGUCGAUGCAGAGCUCGGCAGUGACAUCUAUUUGGAUGGCAUCGUCACUGUCAUCGACGCCAAGUAUGGACUGCAGCAACUAACAGAGGAAAAGGCAGAUGGACUCAUCAAUGAAGCAGCCAGACAGAUUGCUGUCGCUGACAUGACCAUAAUCAACAAGACAGACCUGGUGAAUGAGGAGGAACUCACUCAAAUCCGAGAUGCAGUCAGGUCUGUAAAUGGUCUUGUCAAGAUUCUAGAAACCCAGAGGUCAAAGGUGGAUCUCUCUGAAGUGCUCGAUCUGCAUUCCUUUGACAGUAAGGAUGGAGCAAAUCUAGCAGAAAAGCUCCAACUUGUGAAAUCUACAAGACCACAUCUUGACAAGAGUAUUUUAACUGUGACGUUUGAAGUGGCCGGAGAUCUCCCUGAGGACGCCUUGAACAUCUUCAUCCAGGAUCUCCUAUGGGAAAAGAUGUUCAAAAACAAAGAAGGGCAACCCAUGACUGUCAUUCGGUUAAAGGGCAUAGUAUCAUUUGCAGGUAAAGCCCACCAAGUGAUGCUGCAGGGGGUCCAUGAGCUGUAUGACCUGAAUGAGACUCCACAGCUUUGGGAGGAGAACCCGCGGAUCAACCGACUGGUCUUUAUAGGUAGGAACCUGGACAAGGACAUUCUGCAGGAACAGUUCAUCUCUACAGUGGUGCAAGGAGCAGAGAGAAAUUAGCUACAAGCUCUUCUCUCCUCUUUGUAUUGAAAACUGUUGAUUCUGGAUCAAAAGUUGUGGCUUUAGCCAUCCAUAAAUCCUGGACUGUGUUGCAGACGUUCACUCCUUUCCUCCAAGAACAUGAGGUACGUCAGAGGAUGGUUAUGGUUUCAGUAAUGAUCAAUUUCAAAUUGUGAUAAUCCACUACCUGCUUUAAAAGCUACUUUAUAUCAAAGAGUGUUUAUGUCGCUGUAGAGACUGAGCUAAAUGCUGUGUGUCACCCUGGAAACUUGUAUUGAACAUGACCUCUAAAAUGUGUGCACCCACAAACAUGCUACAAAGGUCCAGAAAUGUGAUCAAUACGUUGUAUUUUUUAUAAAGAUGGCUUUGUAAAAUCUGCAGUUUUUGAAGGUUGGGAGCCCAAGUAGAGUUGGAUGUUGCAAAGUGAAGCACACAUUGUAUCAAGUGUGGUACUUUGUAAAUAAAGUCGCCUUGCUUAUGUUGGCUUUAAACAUCUUGUUUUUAAUAAUUAUUUCAAAAUAAAGGUUUUUUUUUCUGAA